UUAGACAAACUCACUCAACAUUGUAGCUGAGGAAACAGAACAAAAAAAUGGCAAUAACACUCAACAAUGGCUUCAAAAUGCCAAUAAUUGGACUGGGUGUAUGGCGCAUGGAAGGUAAAGAUAUCAGAGAUCUCAUCAUCAAUGCUAUCAAGAUUGGCUAUCGCCAUUUUGACUGUGCUGCUGAUUACCAUAAUGAAAAAGAAGUAGGGGAAGCACUUGCAGAAGCUUUUCAGACUGGACUUGUCAAGAGGGAGGAUCUUUUUAUCACCACUAAGCUGUGGAAUUCAGACCAUGGACAUGUUACUGAGGCCUGCAAAGAUAGUUUGCAAAAGCUUCAGCUUGAGUAUCUGGAUCUCUACCUUGUUCACUUCCCCGUAGCCACAAAGCAUACUGGAGUGGGUACAACUGACAGUGCUUUGGAUGAGGAUGGAGUGCUGGAAAUCGACACAACCAUAUCCUUGGAAACUACCUGGCAUGCUAUGGAAGAUCUAGUUUCCAUGGGUUUAGUUCGUAGCAUUGGAAUCAGCAACUAUGACAUCUUUCUAACUAGAGAUUGCUUAGCCUACUCUAAGGUGAAGCCUGCUGUGAAUCAAAUCGAAACACACCCGUACUUCCAGCGUGAUUCUCUUGUCAAAUUCUGUCAGAAGCAUGGCGUCUGUGUCACAGCGCACACUCCUCUUGGAGGUGCAGUAGCUAAUACUGAGUGGUUUGGCACAGUAUCAUGUUUGGAUGACCCUGUUCUCAAAGGUUUGGCCGAGAAAUACAAGAAAACUGCAGCCCAAAUUGUUCUCCGGUGGGGUAUCCAACGAAACACGGUCAUCAUCCCCAAGUCAUCAAAAAUUGAGAGACUGAAGGAGAACUUUGAAGUUUUUGACUUUGAGUUGAGCAAAGAGGAUAUGGACCUGAUCAAGAGCAUAGAUAGGAGCUACCGGACUAAUCAACCUGCCAAGUUUUGGGGAGUUAAUCUGUAUGCUUAAGCAUGUCCAUCAUUCUAUCUUCUGGCGAGGUUUCUAGGGAGAAUAAGAGCAAAAUAGACACCUUCUAAUAUGUAAUGGCUUUGAGCAGCUAUAUUGACCGUGCAAGGAUUGAAAAAUAUUCUUAAUGCUAUGGUCGGUUGAAA